AUGUAUCAACACCAACAAGGUCAUCUACACAAUGAUAUCUUCGAUGAAUUAAUCAAUUUACUGACCGCUGAAAUGGAAAAAAUCAUCGAAGAAACAACAAAAAGAUUAUUUAAAUCACUUCAACAGAAGAUUAAAAAAAGCGAACAAACUAUUUCAUCAGUUGAAACAUUAAUCAACGAUGAUACAACAUCAUCAUCAUCAUCAUUCUCGGAUAGUGAUGAAGAUAUUAAAAUAGUAAAUAAUAAAAACAAGAAACAGCAACAACAAAACCAACGAAACAAAAUAAUAAACCAACCACUACAUCUACUGUAA